AUGAAAAUCACCUUUAUUACCAAGGAAAUAGAGAUUGUGUUCUUCGUGGUGGUCGCUUCAGCGAAAGGCGAGCCAGAUCCCAAGAAAUAUAAAUCAGAAGUAAAAGAUAAGGAAAAAUUAUCAAACUCGAGUUUGACAGAAGAAGAGAGAACGUUUCUGAGGGAAGUCGAAGCAAAAUUCGGUAUCAAGUCCGAUGUUCCUUUGGAUGAGGUUAAAAAUGAUGAAAGCGAAAAAAGUAACGGAACUUCUACUAGCAAAGCACCAUUUCCAGCAGUGAUAGCGAUUGAAAUUGUAAAUGAUACAGACACGAGUACGAAAGGCAAAAGAACUAUUGAUGCCAAUUUAGGGUAUGGUUAUAGAACAAACAACGGGUACACCUAUACGUAUUUUGGCAAACAACCACAGGAGAAAGGCAAAUUUAUGAUAUACCCAUAUUCGCAAGAAGAUAUUCCUCCAUCUCGUCCUACACCAUACAAUUCCGGGUAUUCUCAGUCAGGAACAUACACAGCAGAUUCUUCAAACGUGGAGAUACAACCGUCUCGAGCUUACGAGCUUGUCGAAGAACAGAACUCUUAUCAAAAAUCAAAACCCAAUUAUGAAAACAUUAGGGGAUUGGUUUCUCCACCACCUCCGUAUGCGGGUACAACUCAUAGUUCACACCCAACAUUUUAUACUACAUACAACGGACAAGAGUUCUCAGGACUAAGCGGUCAGUUCCCCAUGGUGAUGUCUAACUACUUGGUUGAACCAUCGCAGUUGCUCAAAAAUCCUCAAUAUCAGAGUGCUGGGCUUAAUCAAGAAUAUCUCCGCAGUCACGGUUCCCAAUUAGAACAACGUGUUGUACCAGUAUUAGUGUUAAGAGUACCAAGUUCUUACCUCAUGAAACCCACAGCUGAACUUUAUUCUGGCACGAAUAAUUACCCAGUGUCGAAUUAUUUGAAAAACGUGAAUUUGCAAGAGAUAGUUAACAAUUAUUUUAAGAAAAUCGGUUACUCCUUUGCACCACAGGUUAUGACAUACCAAAAUUCAAUUGCGUCAGAGCAUGUUUCGGCUCCAAAUGCCAUGCCAGCACAAAAUUAUGCUUCUCCUUACGUGAUUCCGUCAUACACUCAGGCUGACACUUCCGGAGUUCAAUAUUCGGCGGUUCAACCAGUGAUGGCUAAAUACCCAACAAGUUACUCUCCCCAGCAAUAUUAUGCAUCAAUGACCCAAACGCUUUACCAGCAGCCCGAGCAACAAUACGAAUAUUCUUAUCAAUACGUACCUCAGUCUCAAGGCCAGGCACAGUCGUAUUAUGUACAGCCUCAAUACCAAACGCAAGUAGAAACAGAAGCACCUCAAACUAAUGCCCAGAGUAUACAUGAAUCUGCAGAACAAGGUUCUAGCAGCAACUCGGCAAGUGAAGCGGAACAUAGUGUACCUCAAUCUGUUACCUACGAAAACGCUGCUUUUUCAGCCGAAUACGGUACUCCUGAAACUGAAGGAAUGGAGCAUGCUGCCCCUCAACAAAUACAAUACGAAACGUCACAGACCCUUGGGCACACAGAAUACGGAACGCCUAAAGAACAGAGCGUCGAAUAUUCACCACAGCAAACUUUGUCCACCGAAUAUGGACCGGCGAAACCAUCUCUUCCAGCUUACACUUCACCGCAAGCUACACGACCACAAUACAGUCUACCGAAAUACACAAUACCUAAGGAAACUCUCGCAGCUUAUCAGGCACAGUUGGGCCACAGCGCUUCCAGUGCCGGUGCACAGAAUUACUACUACCCAAAACAAGCGAACGACGAAUCUGAAAGUAACACUUUAGUCCUAUCAGAGAAUUACCCCGAUAAAGAUCACACUCUUGCAACAGUAUUACCUCUCAGCUACAAGCGUGAGAGGAAGCCCGCGACUGUGCAAACAAUUAGUUACGUCACUCCGGUCCCGCACAAGUACCAAUCUCCGUACAAAGUAAUGGUGCCACAGACCUUUCUCAAGAGCCCCGUAAACGAAAAGGUUUCGUACGUCAAUUCUCACUCGCUACCUUACAGCAGACCCAUGAACCAAGAACACAACCCUGAAGUUGAGUAUACUGUACCUGCUCAUUAUACCCCUCCAGUGGGCAAGCAAAAACCACCAAGCUAUCCAAGAAACUACCACUCUCAUCCUAAGCGCAAUGUAAAAUCUGAGAGCAAAAUUGAAAACCAAGCAACGACACACAAAAAGCAACCACAAUCGAAUGAUAAAAAGAAGAAAUCGGAGUAA